UACGAGAUUUGGAUGGGGAAUUAACUUUUCCACUUUAUAUUUUUUGUAGAUGUCGGAGUGGUUGGAGCAGACAAAGCUCCUUGAGUUUAACGAGAGUAAUUACGCCUCUCGUGUUGAUUUAAUCGUCAAAGUCCAUGGUAUACCCAAGGCAGAAGAGUACAUUAAGCGAAUCCCCGAAUCUUUUAGAGGUGAAAUUGUCUACCGUACCCUACUGGCAAACUGCGUCUCUACAGGCAAUGUGAAGAAAUCCGAAGAUCUCUUCAACAAAAUGAAGAGCUUAUUCCCUGUUACAUGCUUUUCUUGCAAUCAAUUGUUACUUCUGUACAAGAGAACCGACAACAAGAAAAUUUCUUACGUUUUGUCGUUGAUGGAGAAAGAAAAUAUCAAGCCAUCAUACUUCACUUACCACGUUUUGAUAAGUGCCAAAGGGUUGUCCAAUGAUAUUAGUGGGAUGGAAAAAAUCGUCGAGAAAAUGAAGACUGAAGGGGUGGAACCUAAUACUAUAAGUUUAUUAAAUACUAAUGCGUGAUUGAACGUUUUGAGGUGUAGAGGUGCUUUUGUGUGUCACG